AUGCCAACGUGUCCUGUGGUGGGCUUGCAGCGCGACAACAAUUCGAAGUCUGCUAUACACACUAUCUAUGCAUUCGAUGGAACUAUGCGGUUCAUGUACACGAAAUCUGUGAUGCACACACGCACACCCACAGCGCAUGUGAUGCGGCCACUAGUCGCUUGCUCAAGGCUGAAAAACAAGCCCAGACAACAUGUGAUCAUCGAACUUUUCGGAGAAAACAAGACC